UCGUCCUGAUAAAACUCAUCAGCACUGAUUAAACCGGCACAAGUCCACCCGUAGAGCCUCAGCAGCAUGGAACUAUCAGUCCACCAAAGCUUAUCCCCGGAACUACGGAUCAUGACCUUUCAACUCUGGGUUAUGCAAUGGACAGGACUCGUCGGUCCACAGGGGCACUUCUAUCGAUUCGCCCUUGCCUUCGGAUGGGGAUCGUUCGUCAAACUAGUUCCAAAAAUCGUCCUCGGAAUGGGAAGCAGCCAGUUCGACGUCAUCGUGAAAGGAUUAUCCGAACUACUGUAUCAGGGUAAUGUCUACAUUGCAGCAGCAUUGCUCGUGUUACACUUGUCGUCCUUCAAUCGAAUGAUUAACCUCACGAGUGAAAUCAUUAAGAAAGGUAAACGACCAAAUACGUCCACAUGCUACGAUCUGGUUUGUGUUCAAAAUUCCAAACUCAACAAAUUUGCCAAGUUCUAUUUGAUCUACUGCUUCUGCGGGUCGUUACUUUAUUGCGUUCCGGCAAUGGCGACUAGCUAUCUGCGUUACUUCGGCUCCAGAAACAAUAUCACCGAUGAUGGCAGCGAAUCAGAACCGGUCCAGUUUGAACUAUCCAUGGAACAAGAAUUCUAUGGCUUGCAAAUUCGUACCGAUUUCACACAUUACAACAUUUUUAUGGCGUGCUCGCUGUUGGCCUACUUCGUCGGUGGGUAUAUGUCGACGAUUAAGGUAACUGCGGUCGUCAGUGCGAUGAGAUGCAGCUCACUGGCCUAUCGAUUGGUAGCGAUGCAGGUGCGAAAGUUGAACGAUUCCAGAGGUGUGCAGCAGAAGAAACGGAAGAUCACAACCGCCGACAUCGAGGAAAUCAUUGAUCUACACUGCACAGCAUUCGAGAUCACAGACCUCCUGGAGAAUAUGCUCAGCAUUCAACUGGCGAUGCAGUUUCUCUCUUGUCUGUUGUUCUGGUGCUUGGUCAUGUUCUACGUUUCAAUGCACGUCAACUUCAAUCUGGUCAAUGUGACGAUUCCGUUCUGUCUGUCUUUGAUCGAAACCUACGCUUAUUCGUAUCUGGGUUCGGAGCUGACUGCAGAAGCGGAGGAAGUCGGCCAAGCCAUCUACGAGCUACCGUGGUACGAAGAUUCCGCAGAACUACAGCGAUACUAUUGCUUGAUCAUACAGCGUUCGCAGCGGGCGACGGGCACGACGGCUGUCAAGUUUUUCCUCGUCGGAAUCGACAAGUUUGGAGGGCUGCUUCAAAUGUCGUACUCAUACUAUUUAGUUCUGAAGGAUGUUUUCAAUACGCUGUAAAUUGGAUAACAAC